AGAUGGCAGGUUUUAGAAUCCUUCUUCUCCUGGUAUCAUUAACAACAGGGUUGGUUUUAACAGAUGGGAAACUGGUCUGUAAGCACGAUCCUUAUGGAGAAAGUUCUAACGGGGGGUUUGAUUCAGGAUUGAAGAGCAGAAUAAGCGUUGAGUUUGGGAACACUGAAUACAUUAUAGAUGAAGAAAUAUUUAACCAGAUAUUCGCUGAAUAUUUAGAGAAACCAGGAGUACAACCUGGAGCUAACCUGACCCAAUCCAACAGCUCCAGAACACCUGAAUCUACGACCAAGAAAACUAUCUUCAUCACAAAACCUCUACAGAGCGAUGCCACUUUUAUUAGACUUGAUAAAUAUUGCUUAAUAAAUGCUUUUACUCUCAUGAUGCUUUCUAUCCUGAAUGUUUAGGCAUUGAUGAUAACUAAGAACUUCUAUAAUAUAUUUGGUGUGUUUGUUUGUAUCCAAUAAACGUAAAACUCUG